AAGGGGAGGGGGAGACUCAGAGAAAAAGAGUGUUUAUUUAAGUCGUUCCCAGAUGGCUGAACAGUACACUAACAGAAAGCCUGAGCAGCGAGACAGUGUUAACCGUUCACCAACAUUCAAGAUGGCUCGCACUAUGUACUUUUGUUGGAUUCUCCAAUACGCCUGCUGCCUCCUUGUGUACUCACAUCUGGUUAUUGAAGAAAAAGACCCAGAAACUCCACAAAACAAGAAUAUUUCUGGUCUCCAUCCUGAGCAGAAAUCCAAGUAUACUGGCAUCUCCAUUGUAGAACUGCCAAAUAGUAGAAAAAUAAAUUUCAGAAGAGAUGGUAGAAGAAUGAGCCCCAAUCCACCCAAAAAAAAUAACAGAAUUGCAAUGGCUCAUAAGAUGAAGAAGCUAAAACCAGAGAACGGUCAUUGUGUGCCACUCUGGGGAAUGUGUCUUCCACCAUCUCCACCAUGUUGCAACCCUUGUGCCUUCUGUCACUGCCGAUUUUUCAAUACUGUCUGCUAUUGCCGGAAGCUAAAUGCCAAGUGUUUGGACAAAAUGUAAGCAGUUGCACCCAUGAUGAAGAAUAGCACAGCCAGCCUGGCUAUAAAAAAUUAAAAGUAAAUACUAUGCAUGUCUUCUUGUUGGUCAUUGUCAAAUCAAAUUAUGGAUAAGGGUAAAGGUAUUCCAAUUGAUUGAGAAUUAUUUACAAAUCAACAGUAAAAAUAUAGAACCUUCAUUGUUUUGCGCUAUAUCUGUGAAAUUGAAGGCUCACAGGCCCACAUCUAAAAGAAAGUUUGGUAAAUGUUUUGGGGUGGAGGAAAGAACACCAAGAGAGUCGUUUAUCAAUUGCAAAUACAAAAGUGUGACUUACACCACCUUUGCAAAUAAUCACACAACACCUUUUUCCAUAAAUAAAAAUAAAUUUCAUAGAAUCGCAAAUAAAAGCGAUAACAUUUCACUUAACUUCCUAUCAUACCUCUGAUUCUCAAGUUUUAGCAGGAGCCUAUUGUCAUUGGAAUCUUUUUUCAGAGCAAUAGCAUGAUAAUCUUAUGUAAUAAUGUGUUUUUUCGUAUAUAGAAAACACAGUGCAAGAUCUAGUUCAUUGUCCAAAUUUUGCAUGUCCUUGGAGGAAUAUUUAUCCAUAUUGUAGUCUAUCAUGGAACACAGAACUUUACAGCUGACAUUAGAACAUUGGAAACAGGAGCAGGAGUAGAUAUUCUUUCCCUUUGAGCCUGUGUCCCCAUUUAGUAAGAUCAUGCUUAAUCUGAUUGUGAAUUUAACUCCAUUUUCCUUCCCUACCCUCUUGGCAGUUGAUAAAUGUAUGCAGACAGGAAAUUGCUCUGAUGAAUUACAUUUUUCUCCAGGAAGCAGUCAUGAUCUUCCAUAUACCAAUAUUCCAACUUUCCUUCAACUUCAUUCAAGGUUCUUUUGAGUAUGUGUGGAUUUAAUGAACAAAAAUGGCCUUCUGUUAUUUGUUCUGUUCACAAAAUUGAGUGUCUGCUUUUUAAUGCAUCUACAGCACUGGCUCAGAUUUUCCAAUAGACAAUUAUUUCUGUAGAUGGGCAAAGGUCCCUCUGGAAACCCUGAAGUAACAGAUUCAACGAUUCCAAUAGCAAUUCCAAACGUAUCCAUUUAAAUCAGAUAAUUUAGAGGUUUGACUACUGUUAGCCUGAGAAUUACAUGAAAAUGUCAAAAGAUUGAAAAUUUAGUCAAACUCCUAGGUAACUAUUAAACUGACUCCAUAAUGCACUAUUCAUUUCCCCACCUAUAGCUCUCUUAGAUUUCACAUGCCCACCAGACUCUGAUCUCACAUGAAAAUCCCCUGUUCACUGUGACCUGAGAGCCCCCACCCCUUCAGCACAAUGAUUCCCCUCCCUUCACGGUCCCUAACUCACAUCUCCAUCACUAGAUCUGCAAAACCCCAGCACUGGACACAACACUUCCCUCCCAACCUGGACUUGACAGCCCCUUCUCAUCCAGACCAAUUAUCCCUCUCCCCCAGUGACCUGACAUCUUCUCGUGCAACCCCCCCCCCCCCCCCCCCCACCAGUCCUGCAUCCUCCCCGUUCCCCGUCAAGAUAAAAUUUUCUAUGUCACUGAAAUUGCACUUCCUCCCAUCAAUGUGAUCUUCCCCUCCUCACUGGGUCACAACAUCCCUUUCUCCCACUUGAAAACCCAACAUCCGCAACCCAAUCCUCUCCCAAUUCUCAGACCCAACAGUAUACAUUCUCUGCUACUAGAUAUAGUAGUCCAGUCUCUCUAAUCGCCAUUAAACCCUCCAUUAAUUAACUUGCACCUACCCACCUGAAAUCCUAUACACCUGGCAUCACACUUACCCUUUCGCAUGAGCUGUCAAAGUGGUUGUCUGUACCGCUGAAUUUUCAAAUCUCAGAAUAUGUCAACCAGCAAGGAAAAGGGUCAUGGUUUGAAUUUUUCAUCCAUUCUGUAUUACAAGGGAGUUGUUAGAUUUCAGAUAUACUGUGCAGUCCCCAAGUAGCUGUGAUCAACAUUUUCUGUCAAAAAUCAUAGAAUUUUACAGUAUAGAAGGGAUCAUUUUAGCCAUUGUGUCUGAACUCACUCCCAAAAGAGCUACGUAAAAAGAAGAUCUGUUAAGUAAUGUUGAAGAAAAUGUCAAGACUGACAUGUCUGAAGAGGUCAUAUGUGAUCUCUUGUAAGAGUGAACAGCGUACUAUCUGAAAACAGGCUGAUCUCUGAAUGAUUUCUGGAUCAAUAAUAUUUCACAAUAAUUAAGCACAAACUUCAUUAUACAGAAUGGAAGGUGAGGGGAUGUGCCAGGAUGCUUGCUGAAAGAUUAUCUUUCAUGAAUGGGAGAGAUCAGAACUAGUGUAUACUGAUUAAAAAUAAGGAAUGUCCCAUUUAAGAGACAGACUAAGAGAAAUGCUUUUUUCUCAAAGUACUGUUGAUCUGUGGAAUGCUCUUCCUCUGAGAACAAUGAAAUCGGGAUUAUCAAAUAUCUUUAAGGUUGAGUUAGAUAGAUUCUUGACUAAUAAAGAAGUCAAUGAUAUUUGGUUAGGCAGGAAAGCAAAGGGCACAAUCAGAGCAACAGUAAUUUUAUUAAAGCAGAAAAUGCUGGAGAAAUUUAACUGUUUCUCUGUCCACAGAUGCUGCCAAACCUACUGAAAGUCCCCAGCAUUUCCUGUUUUUAAUUUAGAUUUCCAGCAUCCAUAGUAUUUUGCUUUCAUAUAGUUCUAUUAAAUGUCAAAUCAGGUUCAAGGGCUAAUUAGCCUAUUCUCCCUGCUUCUAAUUCACGCUGUUGGUAUGUAUAUCAAGUGCAGACUGUCUUCCACCUGAAAUUAAGUUACAUUAAAUUAAUUAUUUGAUUAUAGAUUAUUGCAGCGAAACAGGGUUAUAAUUAUAGGGGAUUUCAACAUUUGCCAACAUUAACUGAGAUGACCUUAGUGUGAAAGGAUGAGAUAGGGUGGAAUUUUUAAAGUGCAUCCAGGAGGCCUUUUUGUGCCAGUACGUCAAUAUCUAGUAUUGGAAAUGGACAGUGCCAGACCUAAUCCUGAGAAUGAAUCCAGUUAAGUAAUUGAAGUUUCAGUGGAUGGGCACUUUGGGACUAGUGACCAUAAUGCUGUAAGGGAUAAGGAUAGUGUGCAAGUUAAGUGUCUAAACAGGGGGUCGGCUAAUUUCAAUAUUAUUAAACAGGAACUAGUAAACAUAGACUGGGAGCAGUUACUUGCAGGUAAGUCUACAUUUGGAAAGUGGUAGUCUUUUAAAAGUAUUAUAGCAAGAAUUUAUGGUCAGUGUGCUCUUCUAGGAGUAAAGGGCAAGGGCAGAAUGUCCAGGGAACCCUGAAUGUCAAGGUAUAUUGAGAGUUUGGUAAAGAAAAGGAGGGAAGCAUCUGUCAGGUAUAGUGCAAUAAAAACAGAAAUAUAGAGUAUGAGGGCUGAUUAAAAAAGAAAUUAUGAAGGCAAAGAGAGGUCAAGAAAUAUAUUUAGUAGAUUAGGAAAACCUCAAGGAUUUUUAGAAGUACAGAUAUAUGAAAACUGAGAGGAUUACCGGGGAAGAGUGGGAUAUAUUAGAGACUUAUGCGUGGAACCGUUGGACGUGAGUGAGGUCUUAAUUGAACACUUCUCACCUGUAUUCACAAAGAAGACAUGGUAACUGGGAAUUUCAGAUAGGAUGGAGAGAUUCUAGAAUAUAUUAAGAUUAAUAAGGAGGUAAUUGAUGUUUAGCAAGCAUAAAGGUCAAUAAAUCCUCAGGGCCUGAUGAGAUGUAUCCCAGGCUGCUAUGGGAGACAAGGGAGGAGAUUGCUGGGACUCUGGCAAAUACACGUAAUACUCCCCUGGCUGCAGGUGAUCUGCCAGAUGACUGAGGAUAGCUAAUGUUGUUCCUUUGUUCAAGAUGGGCAACAAGGAUAGGCCAAGUAAUUACAGGCCAGUUCAUUUGAUGUCACUGCAGGGAAAUUAUUUGAAAAAAUUCUGAGGGAUAGAAUUAAUCAACACUUGGAAAGACAGGAUUUGGUCAGGAAUAGUUAGCAUGGAUUUGUUUGAGGGAGAGCCUGUCUGGCUAAUUUAAUUGAGUUUUUUGAAAAGGUGAUUAAAUAUAUUGAUGACGGUCUUGCAGUUGAUAUGGUUUAUCUGGACUUAGGUAAGUACUUAACAAGAUCCCAGAAAGAAAGCUGGUGCAAAAGGUAAGAGCCCAUGGGAUCCAAGGCAAGUUGGCAAACUGGAUCCAAUUGGCUCACAGACAGGAGGCAACAAGUGAAGGUGAAGAGUUGUUUUUAUGAUUCUAAGCCUGUCACUAGCAGUGUUCCACUGGUGUUGGGAUCCUUACUUUUUUUAAUGUAUAUUAACAAGUCAGCUGUGAAUGCAGACGGUAAAACUAGUAAGUUUGCAGAUGACAUAAAAAUUGGUGGCAUUGUUGAUAGUGAGGAGGAUGGUCAUAGUUUGAUAUUGAUCAGUUGGUAUAUUAGACAGAGCAAUGGUAGGUGGAAUUUAAUCCUGAUAAAUGUGAGGCGAUGGAUUUUGGGAGGUCUAAUAAGGGAAGAACACCUAGACAGUACUGAGGAAGAGUACACAGGAAGACUAUUGUAGACAAGUUGAAACUUAUUUUUACCAACAUGGUAUAGCAAUGAAUGUCUUCAUUGUUCCAGCAUUUUUUUCAUUAUUCAAGCUAUUGGAUCAUUGGUUCACAGGAUUAUUUGGAGCUGAGUAUUUACUUUCAAUGGCAUGUCUGCUCAUACUCCUAUCAAUGAGCCAGCCUGACUGGUCGCUUAUCAACAAUGUUCUAGGGUAUGAUAUACUGCAGAGUUUCCGGUUAUGGUCCCAGUCUCAAAUCAACAUAUCAAGAUGCAACAUAUUCACUCCAAUGAAUCACAGCUUACUUGCCUUGCACAAGGAGUCAACAGACCUACAUAAAAGCUGAAGUUCCAUUUAUAUAUUAUUAUCUAGGACACAAUGUUCUUUUGUGCAUUGCAUGCCCACAUUCUAUGUUAUUUCAACUCCCUUUCUGGUAAAAUAGAAUUGCCUAGCCAAUUUCAGCCAAAUUCUAGCCUCAGGUGAAAGAGUUCUGUCUUUUUUUUUAACUCACAUGGUAGUUGGAGGUGAGAAUUUAAUUGGCAGGCUGUAAAGAAAAUAAUGAAUUCAUCUGUUUCCAACUUGCAUUUUUUGUUUUAUGAUUGUGAAGUACCAGCUCAGGGGAAACAGUCAGAAAAGGAGUUAAUAACUCAUGUCUUCUCUUUUGGAGGGUGAUGCAACAGUAUGAGGUAAGCUUGGGGAUAAAAUAACAAAGAAACAUCAUUAAAAUUAUAAAAUUAGGGAUUGUUUACUCAUCAUAAAGUUUCAGAACUUAAGCAACGUCAAUUAUUACUGGCACAGUUGUGUACAGCAUGAUGUACCUGAAGGACAAACAGAGGCUCCAUAAUAUGUUAGGACCUUGUGAUACUGUGGUAGUGGCCCAGAGGUCUGAGUUCAACUCCCACCUGCACUGCAGCUGUUUCAUGACAUAUCCAAAAAGAUUGAUUAAACUUAUAAGUAGAUGAAGCACAGAAGGAGAAACUUGAACAGUGGCAGAUACGUAUGAAGAACUAAUUUCAGAUAACUGCAGGGAUAAGAUUAGCAAAAUGCAAAACAAUGACAGCAACAACAUAGUGUCAGAUAGCACUACAUAGAAUAGGAAUAAAUGAAUAUACAGAAACAGCCACUAAGAGCGGCACAGAUAGAACACAGAACAGUACAGACAAGGAAUAGGCCCUUCAGACUACCAUGUCUGUGCUGACCAUGACGUUAUUCUAAAUUAAUCUCACCUGCCUACACAUGGUCCGUAUCACUCUAUUCACUGCCUGUUCGUGUGUCUGUCUGAUGCUGAGAAAAUACCAGAUAUGAACACUGGUACAAAUACUAACUCAAUGGAGUAAUAUACAACAUCAGAUGCCAGACCUGGACAGGAAGGUUGUCCAUAUUAUAUCAAAUAGCAAAGUCAGAUGCCUGAAAAAUAUGAGAUGCAAACACACCAAUAUUUGUUGGAUUCCAGCAUACAACAAAGAGUGACAGCAAAAGAAAUUCUAGAUAUUGAGACAGGACAUGCAAACGUUUGUACAAAAACAAAUAAUAUCAUGGAACAGAUACUGACAAAGGAAUAACUAUUAGUCAAUGACAGAUACAGGAAUAAACAGUACCCCACGUACAGGUAGACCACAUUUAUAUAUCAGCAAGUGGAGAUACUGCUAAAGGAAUAGAUUUCAGUGCCACGAUAAAAGCCAACAGACAGGUACAGAUACUAACAUUAUAACAAAGACUCACCACAGGUAGAAGUAUCAUUACAGGAAUAAUUAUCACCAUAGGCACAGAAAUAAAGUGUAACACAGGGACUGGUAUAUGUUUAUUUCAGGAUCAGUGGUGCUGGAAGAGCACAGCAGUUCAGGCAGCAUCCAACAAGCAGCGAAUUCGCGUUUCAGGCAAAAGCCCUUCAUCAAUUGAUUCCUGUAACGUCGAUUUCGCUGCUCGUUGGAUGCUGCCUGAACUGCUGUGCUCUUCCAGCACCACUAUCCAGAAUCCAGUUUCCAGCAUCUGCAGUCAUUGUUUUUACCUAUGUUUAUUUCAUUUACAAUAUCCAUUCAGCAUCCAUUCUGUCAAGUCCCUUCAGGUUUGUAUAUGUUUCCAUGAGAUCACUUCUCAUUCUUCUGAACUCCAAAGGAUAUAAGCCCAAUCUGUCCAAUAAUCUUCCUCAUAAAUGAAACCGUCAUUCCAGAAAUCAGUCAAGUGAAUCUUCUCUAAACUGCUUCUAAUAGAGUUAUGUCCUUUUUUAAGGAAAGCAAACUAUAUACGAUAUUUUAGAUGUUUUCUCAUGAAUGCUUUGUUUAACUGUAGCAAAACAUCUCCACUUCAUAUCCUAUUCACCUUGCAAUGAGUUAUAACUUAAACAUGGAUUCAGAACUCCACAAGGAGUAAUAAAGGGCACAAAUAAGAAUCUACAAAAUUAAUUGAAUAAUAUAAUAAUCUGUUAUGUAAUAAAAAUACAUAAAAAUCCUUGCAAACAUUUUCAUUACUCUUCUGAAGUCAAUGAUAUACUUAAUUAUUGCUCCAACUUAUGUAAGUUGACACCUUUGGGGAUAUUUUAAUCCGAAAUACCGGAAGUAUAUUACAAUGUAACAAUAAAAUCACAAGCAGAAGAUCAACCUACCUCAAACCCACACUCUUUUAAGGAGGCAGUGUAGAAAAUGCAUCGUCUAUCUAUAUCCAAGGCACAGAUCACUCAUUUCAUUAUUUUAGAUCCUCAAUGCUGCGUAUUAUUAGGCUGGGAUGGAGCAAAUUUAAGUUCAAUUCUGGUCUCGUCAACAUCCACGCAAACUCACUUUCUAACAGGGUCCUCUACAUCCUGAUUAGAAGUGGGACUACAGUCAGUGUCACCUCUAGCCCAAGCAGGUCUGGGUUCAAGGGUCUCAGCCAUGACCUUUGGGGACAGGUUCAAGAGGCCAGAGAAAACCUGGUGGUGAUGGGUCCCAAAGGGAGUCCUUCAUCGUUCAUAACAGUAAACUGCUCAGUUAAAAUUGUUGGCUUUCCAUUUGGCAUGGGCCCUCCUCCAUUAUGGAUAAAAUACCAACAGGCCCAAGGGACAGAGGACUGCCCAACAUGUCUACUGCUCCUGUAAAAUUUCAGCUAGGUGAUUAUGAGCAGAAAGGUAAUGACCAGAAAUACCUGCUGAAUUUUCUCAGCACUUCUACUUCAAACUUGAUGAUGGGACAAAACAAACUCUAACCCACUAUUAAUCUCAUUAAACCUGGUCAAUUCUGCUAGGUCAAAGGUUUACCUACUGUGUCUUCUAUGAAAUCCAUAAUAUACACUAAUAAUUUGGAUUUAAUGAAAACAUAAUACCACUCAUGUUCUUCUGUGGAUACAAUGCAAAUUCUGUGGUACAAAGGCAAUAGUCAAUUCAGUAUUCCUAUACAUUUUUAAUAUUCAUAUUCACUAUAACUGAAAUACAAAGCUAUUGUGAUACACACAUAUGUUUAUAUUUACAUUGAAUUUGUUGGUUUGUGCUGUGGUUCAAGAUUAUGAAAUGUUAUUCAUGGUUUUAUUUAUUUUGUGGACCAAUCCAGAAGUCUUAAUAAGAACCAGUGCACGAAAUGGGGCAUGGCUGUUAAUUGAUGUGCAUUACAUUUACUGCCUUUUGAGACCAUCAAAAUUAUACUCAAUUUGCAUGUUUUUGUGAAUUUUGCAGUCAUCAAAGUGUGUUUUUGAGAAAUAGAAUUUUCCCUGUAUUGUGAUUACUGUAGGUGCACAGUAGAACAUCUUUACAUUCCUAAUGUGGUCAGUCCAACCUCAGUAAAUAAUACCCUAUUGCUACCAGCUGAAUAAUCUUUCAGCCCAUUGAUUUAUCUUCGUCCAGUAUGCAUGUCUGUUCGAGACAAUUGUUGGCUCAAAUCCUAAUUCAAAUAUAAUCUUGGCUGAUACUUCUGUUCAAUAGUGCUAUAUUGUCGGAAGAAUAAAAUAAAUUAAUUGGCCGUAAAGUGAUUGGAGACAGUCUGAAAUGUUGUAAACAUUAUUUCAAAGCAAAUUACUUUUUUCUUUGACUGAGGCUACCGGUAUAUAAUUGGUUUAUGUUAAGGACUCAUGUCCAAUAGGAACCAGACUAAUAUUGCCUCAGAUUCCUUCUAAGAUAGAAAACAUAAGGGCAGCAGGCCCAUAAGUCCUUCAAUCCAUCAUUCACUAGGCUACAUUUGAAACCAAAUUCGCUAUUUAUAUUUUGAUCAGUGCUGAUUUUAAAGCAGUGAUGUCUUAUACAAUUGACAGCCGUGCAUUGUCAAUGUAAUCAAUAUUGUGUGCAUAGAAAUUGUUUGAUUUUUCUCACUUGUGAUUACAAUAUGUUUUGCUCUUCCUGUUAUCU